GCUGACUGUCACAUUCACGUAUUUCACGUGUGAUGGACUAAUGGCUAAUGGUGGUGGUUGUUGGUACUUUGGUACUUUUACCACGAAACGACAAAUAAAAUCUUUAUUCCUGUAUUGUAACAGUAAAUAGCGAAUAAGUGCAAUGAAGAAAAACAAGGGACAAAUCCGUCAGAAUGUUACUAACUCCAGAAAAGCUAUUCGAAAACAAAAGCGACUACAAAAAAAGGUUCACCGUCAAGAACACUACAUGAAGAAGAAAAGCAGUGACGAAACUCCCACUUACGUCGCCGGUAGAUUUGUAAAACGUCCUGCUGAUAGCCCUGAAAGAGAAACAAGAAUACAGAAGAAAAAGAAGAAGCCUCAACUCAAUCCUCUAGAUAUUCUCAGUAAAGAAAGGCAAAAAGAUAUCAAUGAAACUAAAAGACUUCAAUCACAAAUGGAAGAGCAGCGAAAAAAAGUUUUUCUCCAAGCAAAUGAGGAAGAAGACAAAAUUAUUAAGAAAUUAGAAAAGCAAUUGGGACUUAAAAAAAGCAAAAAUAAAAAGAGCUAUUUUGCUGAUGAUGGGCUUGAUUAUCUCUUAGAAAUAUGCGACAGGGCCACUAGUGAGCAAAUAGUAGCUGCUGAAAAGCAUUUGGCUGAUGUUGAUGCGGAGUCUGACUUUGAAGAAGAUCUGGCAGUAGUAACUGGAAAAGAAAUUUCCAGUAAAAAGAAAAGCAAAUCUCAAGAAGACAAAAAUGAUGAAUCCAAUGAUGAUUUGAGUGGUAAUGAUAGUGAAAAUGAAUUAGACACUGCAGGCAGUGAAGAUUUUGAAGAUGGAUCUAGUAUAGAUAGUGAAGAAAGUGAUGAUGGUGAUGAAGAAAAGUUUAGUGAUGAUGAGGAAAUGUCAGAUAUAGAUGAAAAAAGCGACCUGAGCGAUGAACCUGAAGAGCAACCUCCUAAGUCAAAGAAAGCCAAAAUUACCAGAGAAAAUGAUAAUGGAAAAAAAAUAAGUAUUACAGAAGUAAAGAAAAACAGCAAACCUAGAAUAAUCAAGGAAGAUGAUUUAAGUAAAGUAUUCAGUGAUGAUGAAGUAUCACACCUGUCUGGUGACGAUGAUGAUGAUAUGGAACAUUUAUUAGAUGAUAAAGAUCCGGAAAAAGUCAGUACAGCAGAAAAUUCAGAAAAACCAGAUGUCUGGGAAGAUAUUUAUGGUAGGAAAAGGGAUAAAGAAGGAAACAUAAUCAAGGAAGUAAAGGGCACUUACAUUCCACCACAUUUAAGAAAUAAGGCUACAGAUAAAGAUAUGACACAAUUGAACCGACAAAUCAAAAGUGUUUUAAACAAAUUAGCGGGUGCGAAUCUCCACUGGGCGUGCCGCAGUAUAGAAGCUCUGUACGGAGCUAACAGCGCUCACGCCGUCAACUCCUCCUUAUGGCAGGAAUGGGCUUCUCGGGCUACGCCUGUGGAACGUACCCCGCCAAGACUGUUGGCAGAACACGCUGCCCUUAUAGCUGUACUGCAUGCAGACCUGGACAACGAGAUAGGCGCCUACUUUUUACAAGAAUUGGCCAAAAAGUUCGAUGAACUUAUGAAAGUUCCGCAGCCAAUGGAGGACAAGACUUUAGACAAUCUGGUGUGCGGCUUCGCUCACCUCUAUAGUUUUAAGAUCUUCCACGCAUCAUUACUCUACGAUGUCUUAAGUCGUCUUCUAGAAGAAUUGACAGAGAAGAAUAUAGAAUGCGUAGUGGCAGCAUUAGGCUGCGUGGGUGGAGUUCUGAGGAAAGAUGAACCUUUAGCUUUGAAGACUUUCAUACAAGACACUCAAGGAAAGGUUACUGCACUCAAUAUAGCGGCUUCUGAAGGGUCUCGCAUAAAGUUCCUACUGGAAGUGUUAAUGGCGGUGAAGAACAACAAUUUAACCAAGAUCCCCAACUACGACCCCUCGUACGGGGAACAACUUAGGAAGCAAAUACGAAGCGUUAUUAGACGAGGGAACUAUGUCACGCCUUUACAUAUAAGACUGGAAGAUUUAUUAAAAGCUGAAGAACGCGGUAAAUGGUGGGUAGUUGGGUCGGCGUGGGAAGGAACGAGAAGGGAAGAGAACAUACCGGCCUCUCAGCCUCUUCCCCUUCCUUCUGCGGACCAGAAGCUUCUAGAACUAGCGAGGAAACAGAGGAUGAACACUGACGUCAGAAGGAGCAUAUUCUGUGUCAUUAUGGCUGCUGAGGAUUACAUGGAUGCUUUUGAGAAACUCCAGCACCUGGGUCUUCGCGGGCAGCAGGAGAAGGAAGUUGUUCACGUAUUGUUAGCGUGCUGUCUUCAGGAGAAAGUUUACAACCCUUACUACGCAGUGUUGGCGUUAAAACUGUGUAACACUGAUAGGAAGUACCAGCUCUCUAUACAGUACUCCACGUGGGACAAGAUAAAGGAAUUGAAAACGUUGGCCAAACACAGCGUCACCAACCUAGCGCAGUUAUUGGUUCAUUUGAUACUCGCCAAAGGACUGCCUCUGUCUGUUCUCAAGGUAAUCCAAUUCUCCGACCUAAACAAGCAUACAGUGAAAUUUAUGCGACAGAUUCUCCUCGCCAUAAUAUUAAACGCUGACCUCCAAGCUUCCCUCGAAGUCUUCCACAGGAUAUCGAAACCGCCCAAACUGCACAUGUUCAGGGAAAGCGUCAAACUAUUCAUACAACACUUCUUACUGAAGAACGCCAGCAAAAGUAAUGUGCUCAGCGACCAAGAGAUGGCGCUGUUGAAAGAAAGAUCCGUCGAAGUUGAAAAGAUUCUGACCAUGCACGAAUCCAAGUUAAGGUUAUAAAUAAAUGUUGUUGAA